AUGGAAUCAUCAAGACCUGUUAGAUCUUGUGCAAUAGCAGGCGGCAAAAGAAGAUUGCACACAACUUUUCCUGAUGGUCUAGAAAUAGUCGAAGAAUACGACAUUAAUUCUUAUGAGCUUUUAUCAAGAAGAGUUAAAAAAACAGUUGAAUUAGGUGAAGGCAAAUGGGAGCUCGAAGUAGGUGAGCCUCCAUCUAGCUUUAACCCAGAAAGUGACUUAAUGAUUGCUAGCUCCACAAAUGUAACUUCCAUUUAGCCAAUUUUCAUAAGAAAAGAUUUACCAACAGAAUUCCAAUGAAGAAUUAGAAAUUUGCCAUACCCAUUUGACGUAUAUUCAGUGACAGGUGAUUCAAGUACAAGUAAAAUCACAAUUCGAACCUCAAAUAAGAAAUAUUUCAAAAUAUUUGAAAUCACUGAUCUAUUUAGGAAAAGAUUAAGGCUGAUUCCAGAUCUUAUUAGAUAUACUCAUCAAUUUAAUACACUUAUUAUUACAGUAAUGGAUAAAUAGUACCCUAAGCCGAGAGAAAUACUUUUAGAGGAAGCAGAAAUGAGAAGACAGCUAGAAGAAGCUAGAAAAACAAGAGGAAACAAGCCGCCUCAAGAUGGAGAUGUGGAAUGUGUGCAGCAAUAA